AUGCACCGCGCGGUUUCAUUCCUGCUCCUAGCCCUGGCGUGCGCCUUCACGGCGGCGGCUCAAGUCACUGGAAUCCACAGCAAACCGCUGGUUAGCGUUGUGCUCGUGACAUGCGGCCGGCCUGAGUACCUCAAGCUCGCGCUCGCGCAGAUCCACGAGCAGUCGUACCCAAACCUCGAGGUGGUUCUGGUGGUGGACGGCACACCCGUCGAUUUGAGCCGCGAGCCGAGGCUCCACGUCCACCCCGCGUCCUCGUUCACGACCCCAUCCUCCACCAAUCUCCUCGACGUGCGGGUUGUCCAGUUUGACCAUCGGGCGACAGUCGGCGAGAAGCGAAAUGCAGCUGUGCUCACUGCACGUGGCGAGAUCCUGGUGCACUGGGACGACGACGAUCUGUACGACCCGACGCGGAUCGAGGCCCAGAUUGCCCCCCUCCUCGACAACACAGCGCGCAUGAGCGCCCUCGUCUACUCGCACGCGGCCGCUCAUGCGGCUGACGGUCCUCCUCAGUGGUACUCUGUCAAGAAGAGCGGCGCGGCGCAGGUGAUGCCCGCCUCGCUGGCGUACAAGAAGAGCUCGGCGCUCGCACUCGGCCUGUUCCCCAACGUCUCCCUCGGCGAGGACAUUGGACUCAUCCAAGCCGGCCUCUCGAGCUGCGAGCAACUUGCAACGGCGCGCGCAUUCACCAAGCUCUGUUGCUCCUGCCACUCUUCCGCUCGUUGCUGCCCGCUCGCAGCCCUGCUUGAGCAUGUUGCGGUCCCCUCCGUCUACACGCGCCAUGGCGGCCACGCCGGCAACACUUGGCAGUGGGCAGAGGACAGGUCGAUGGAGUCGCACGGCUUCGGCGCGUCGGCCCGCCCGCGCUUCGUGAGCGACGUGCUCCUUCAGGCCUACAUGGCGGCCGAGGCGGACACAUCGACGCGUGGGGCAUGCGACGUCGUCGCGCGCGAGCUGCCAACCUUUACCGAGCACACUUUCCCUAAGCUGCCUCCCCGCUGCUGCGAGGGCUCCGCCGACCCCUCCCGCUGCCUGACGAAGGCCGAGGUGGAGGGGCGCGCGCGGCGUAGGCUGCAGUACAGCUAUGCCUACGGCGAGCAGGAUCCCCACCUCCACUUUGCCCACGGGGGCCGCGCUGACUUCCGCGGCCGCGACAACCAGAUUUACAACUUUUUGUCUGCGCCCAACCUGGCGGUGAACGUGAAGACCGAGGCGGCCUCCUUCAAGCUGCACGGCGGCAAGCUGACGGUGGACGGGUCCUUCAUGACUGAGGCGCACAUCGUGGCGCGCGUCGGUGGGACGAAACGCAAAUGGGCCAACGUCUCCUUCUGGGCGUCGAAGCUGAACGACGCGAACUGGGGCUGGCGGAUGAUCGGCGGCUCGUGCGGCGGACACCAUUUCAACCUUGGUCCUGGUGGCGUCAAGACGUGUGAGGAGCUGAGCAUCAAGGUCGACCUGUCGAGCGCAACCUUCUCGCUCGGCAACUGGACCAUCAUCGCUCGCGGCAACGCCGUCUACGACCGCCUCUCCGGCCCAACGCACCGGCUCGACGUCGACUUCAAGUCGCACGGUGAUGCCGCCGCGCGAUCCCUCCCCCACGGUAUUGUGGGGCAGUCGUUCUCCUGGUCGAGCGCGAGGAACGGCAAGACGGACGAGUACCCGGCGACAGGCUACUACAAGACUGCAGCCAUGGCGGAGGGCGCCAUCCAGGGCGAGGCGGCCAUGUACGAGGUGCUGGGACCAUACGCGACGCGCUUUGCCUUCUCGCGCUUCGACGGAGAGGAGCAAACGGUCUCGCCGGCCUCACCGCCAGUCUUUGGCGACGCCUCGGCCACAGACUGA